AUGCCAUUCGUUAAAUAUCUUUUGAUUGGUGUGAUUCGUGCUCUGAGUUGCCUUCCCCUCAUUGAACCUGAUCUCAGCAAAUCGCCGUCCCUCGAAAGCAGGCAAGAUGGCCCCGAAGACUGGACAUCUCCCCCAUACUACCCAGCACCUGUGGGUGGUUGGGUCCCUGAAUGGAAGGAGGCAUAUGUCAAAUCUCAUGCAGUAGUUUCCAAUAUGACUCUUGCUGAGAAAGUGAAUCUGACAACAGGUACUGGAUUUUCCAUGGGGCCGUGCGUGGGACAGACCGGAAGUGCACCCCGAUUCAGAAUCCCCAGGCUUUGUCUGCAAGACGGGCCUCUUGGUGUCCGAAAUACAGACCACAUUACAGCUUUCCCAGCUGGAAUCACAGUGGGAGCCACAUUCGACAAGCAAUUAAUGUACGAUCGCGGUGUUGCCUUGGGCAAGGAGUUUCGUGGUAAAGGGAUAAAUGUCCAUCUUGGCCCAUCUGUAGGCCCAUUGGGACGCAAGCCACGUGGAGGACGAAACUGGGAAGGCUUCGGCGUGGAUCCAUCCCUCCAGGGGAUUGCCAGUGCCUUGACAAUUAAAGGCGUUCAAAGCAGGGGCGUCAUCGCCACUGUGAAGCAUCUUGUCGGAAACGAGCAGGAGAUGUUUCGUAUGGCGUUCCCUGUCCAUCCCAUUGACUCACUCCAGAAACCAUACUCAGCCAACAUCGAUGACCGGUCCAUGCACGAGCUCUACCUGUGGCCAUUUGCCGAGUCUGUCAAAGCAGGGGUUGGUGCCGUUAUGAUGGCAUAUAAUGACGUUAACAGCUCCUCAUGUAGUCAAAAUAGCCAGUUGAUCAAUGGCAUUCUCAAGGAGGAGUUGGGGUUCCAAGGGUUUACCAUGACUGAUUGGUUCGCCCAGAUUGGUGGUGUUUCAUCUGCGCUUGCUGGUCUGGACAUGGCCAUGCCAGGAGAUGGUGUUGCUCCAUUAUCAGGAAACAGCUAUUGGGCAGGCGAAUUGUCACGUUCAGUCCUGAAUGGCACUGUCCCCAUUGAGCGGUUAAAUGAUAUGGUUGCACGAAUUGUUGCUACAUGGUUCAAAUUAGGGCAGGACAAGGACUUCCCAUUGCCAAACUUCUCAACCCAUACAGCCGCUGAAAGUGGUCUUCUAUAUCCGGGAGCUAUACUUUCUCCAAUCGGCAUAGUCAACCAAUUCGUUGAUGUCCAAGAAAACCACAAUAUCAUCGCCCGGGCGGUUGCUAGGGAUGGUAUUACUCUUCUGAAAAACGAAAAUAACGUUCUCCCCCUGAAUCCGGACGCUUCGAUAAGGGUAUUUGGUGCCGACGCGGGACCUGAUCCACUGGGGCUCAAUCUCUGCCCAGAUAGAGGCUGCAAUAGGGGGGUCUUGACGAUGGGGUGGGGGAGCGGAAGUGCCAGAGUUCCAUAUCUUGUAACCCCUCAAGAAGGCAUCCGGGCUAGAGCGCCCAAUACGAAGUUCCACAUCACUAAUAAUUUCCCCCUCAUUCUAGAUGUAAAACCUGAUGAUAUUGCUAUCGUUUUUAUCAAUUCUGAUUCCGGUGAGAACUAUAUAACCGUUGAAGGAAAUCCAGGAGACAGAACGCUCGCUGGUCUAUAUGCUUGGCAUGGAGGUGACAAGCUUGUCAUGGAUGCGGCGACGAAAUUUUCAACUGUAGUUGUUGUCGUUCACACCGUCGGCCCAAUUAUCAUGGAGAAAUGGAUCGAUCUCCCGUCGGUGAAGGCAGUGUUGUUUGCCCAUCUCCCCGGCCAGGAAGCGGGCACUAUUGCGGAUAUUCUUUUUGGAGACUAUAGCCCCAGUGGCCAUCUGCCGUAUACCAUCCCGAAAUCUGAAGCCGACUAUCCAGACAGCGUCCAUCUCAUUUACGACCCCGUAGUCCAGAUCCAGGAUACUUUUAACGAAGGGUUAUAUAUUGACUAUCGCCACUUCAUCAAAAAUAAUAUCACCACGCGAUAUCCAUUCGGUCACGGGCUAUCAUACACAACAUUCAAAUUUAGCGAGCCCAAAAUCAUAACUGUGACACCGUUGACCGAAUACCCCCCGGACAGACCUGCAAAAAUUUCCACCCCGACAUUCUCGAGCAAAAUUCCUUCUGUAACAGAAGUAGCGUGGCCAAAGGGCCUGAAACGUAUCUGGCGCUACUUGUAUCCAUACCUCGAUAACCCAUCAUCCAUCAAGCCAGGAAAAGACUACCCAUAUCCAGAAGGAUAUAGCACAACGCCCAAACCACCUCCACGGGCUGGUGGAAGGGAGGGCGGCAAUCCAACCCUGUGGGAUAUCGCAUACAACGUCGAUGUUAAAGUCACCAACACAGGAAAGGUGUCCGGCCGCUCCGUCGCCCAGUUGUACGUCCAACCAACCCCGGAGCGAGAGGCAGAUACCCCCAGGCUUCAGCUGAGACAGUUUGAGAAAACUCGUGUGCUGCAGCCCGGCGAGAGUGAGGUUCUGCGUCUUGAGGUUACUCGGAAGGAUUUAAGUGUUUGGGAUGUUGCAAUGCAGGAUUGGCAGAUACCGCAACUGGCUAAGGGUGCGAAGUUGUGGGUUGGUGAGAGCGUGGAGCUUCUGAAAGUGUUGUGUGAGGUUGGAACAGGUGACUGCAGGGAUGCUUGA